AUGGAUACUUCGGGGGUUUGGACUCAGGACCCUACCUUGUCCGUCCAUUCGCAAGAUGACUUUCAGCAAUUAUUUGAUCUGAAUCUGCAAAAUAUGGCAGAUACACUACAAUUCGACUUCGAUUUUAAUCAGCAACAAUCGCACAAUCAGCAGAUGAUGCAUCAAGAUGGGAUGGGCUCAAUGAAUACGGGAAUGGCAGUCAAUCAUCAAAUGGAGCAUGAUGGGACAAUGCAAGAGCACAUGCCGCCAAUGACAACAACUUCUAGCCAUUCAGCUAUACUCGGAACUCCAAUCGUACAUCCACAUACAUCUACAGAGAGUUUGACGGAAUUGGAUGCGCAAAUUCAGUAUUUACAACAGCAGAAGCGCCAGCAGCAACUUCGCCAAUCGGAGGAACAACAUCGGAACUUUUAUGCUCAGAAUAGAAUGAUUCCGCCAACGCCAAAUAGUAUGGAUAUACAUGGGGCUAGUCAACAUUACUAUACUCAAGCGGAGCAGCCGCCAUCUGUAUACGAGCCCUAUCGUCUGAGGGAGCAAGAGAUGGCUUUCACUCCACUCGUAUCACCAGCUGUCACUCCUUUGGAAACCCACUUCAACAUCCCUGAUUACACUGUCUCUGGAGCUUAUUUUAGUCCUUUGAGCUCCCCAGCUUUACACGCCCAGAACGACCAUCAAAUUACAUUCGACCAUCGUCAUUCGGGAUCAACGAAAUCCCCAAUUGACAUGAAUGGUGAUUCACAUUCUGCGCCAGCAAGUUCUGUGAUCCCACAUCGAAAGCCUACCCGGAAGUCUGUGGCACCAAAACCUCGAAUCAACACUCGUGCAGUUAGACAAUCGCCAAUUGUGAAGCCAAGUCGAGGUAGAAAAAGCAUAAGCAUGAGUGCUCAAGCUCUGGUUGAAAUUGUUGAGCCUUCAAAUCCUCAAACGUUUCAGCCUAAAGAAACUGGGUCAACAAAUUCGGCAGCAAGUACUGAUCAUUCUGAGAAUGGCUCAAUAUCUCCUGAGCACCUAUCAGAUAUGGCGCCUCCACCAUUACCGAGCUCUGCUGGAAGAUCUCCCUAUAUUGUGGCACAAAAGGAAAAUGCCAAAAAUAAACGGCUUCCUCUUGGGUCACCUGCCACGCCAGCUUCACUGAUGAGAAUCACAAAAUCUCCUACUGCUCCUGAGUCGAUGCUGAGCCAGGAAAUGGAAAUUGAUGAUCCUGCUUUGGACGUUUUUGUAUUACCAGAAGCUGCGACUACCACAAGACCUACAUUGUCUCGUAUUGAUACACAGUCUGAUGGGCAAAUGACCCCAACUUUGAGCUCGACAGGAUCCAAAACUCCCGGGUUUCAACCUUUACCUUCACCAGGAGUUGCACGUCCUGGAGUAGCAGCAUCCGCUAGUCAAAGUCCCCAGAUAGAUGCCAUGGGCGGAGCAGUUGGAGCCGCACGCAGGACGCCACAAACCCUGGCACGGGGUUCCAAGAAGAGGGCGAGCACUUCCGUUCUUGCUUCGCCAGCCCUUCUCCCAAAGAUAUCUCCUAGUAUAAAACCAUUACUUCCCAGUGGUUCAUCCAUGCACGAUGACGCAACUGCUUCCUUCUUACUCACAUCGAAGUCGAAUUACCAAAACAUACUCGAAGGCACUCAUCUUCCUGGUGUUUCGUAUCCUUCGGAAUUAUCCACUAAUUUGACAUCAAAGCGCACUUCUCAUAAGCUUGCCGAGCAAGGAAGACGAAACAGAAUCAACACAGCACUGACAACAUUGCAUGAUAUGAUUCCUUCUGAAUACUAUCCUCGAGGAAAACCCAAAGAAUCUACAGGAGACAAGAGUGGUAGUGGUGAUGCUGGAGAGAACGAGCCCGCAAGCUCCAAAGGCGGGCAAAGCGCAAAUAGUAAAGCUGCUACAGUUGAAGUUGCCAUCGAUUACAUUCGUCACUUGGAAAAGGUUCUGGCUGAGGCGAACAAAAGAGCCGAGGAAGCUGAACCGAAGCUCGUAGAAAAGGAGGUUCUACGAGUUUAA